AUGAAAUUCCUCUUCACCCUUGCAAUCGUACUCGCCUACAUUGGUACGGUAGUUUGUCAAUAUGGCCCGUAUGGUAUGGGUCAUGGUAUGUACGGACCAUACGGCGGCAUGGGCCCGUAUGGAGGCAUGGGUCACUAUGGAGGCAUGCAUCCCUAUGGAGGUAUGCAUCACUAUGGAGGUAUGGGCCCAUAUGGAGGUAUGGGCCCCUAUGGUGGAUAUGGCCGAGGAAUGUACGGUGGAUAUGGUAGAGGAAUGUAUGGAGGCAUGGGAAGAAUGCAUCCACUCCAAGGAGCCAUGAUGGGUGCAAUGAUGGGUGCUAUGAUGGGAUAA